AUGGCUUCAUCGAGCAGGAUGCUGGUUGUUGUGGUGGUGGCCGCCCUAGUGGCCGUUGCGUGCAUGAAGGAGGUGGAGCUGAAGCAGAACGAGGACUGGCUGCCCCUGAAGAAGGGCUACAGCGGCGCGUGGGAGAUCAAGAGCGACACGCCCCUCAAGGGCCCCUUCAGCUUCCGCUACGAGACCCAGAAGGGCCAGCGCAACGUCUUCGAUGACAUCGUCCCCACAGAUUUCAAGUGCGGCACCACCUACAAGCCAGAGGCGGAGUACUAG